GGGCGGCUGAUUCGAGGGUUUGUUUUGUCACAGGCUGCGCCUUUCAAGAGCCAGAGAAAGCCGGGCCAUGCCGUCCGAGGGUCGGUGUUGGGAGACCCUCCAGGCGUUGCGCAGUUCCGAAAAAGGUCGCCUUUGCUACCACCGCGACUGGCUGCUGCGGGGCGAGGAUGUUUUAGAAGAAUGUAUGUCUCUUCCCAAACUAUCUUCUUACUCUGGAUGGGUGGUCGAUCAUGUCCUACCCCAGACACAAGGGAACCCACCUCCCUCUGAGACCUCAACAUCCUCUGGAUCUACCUCAGCCCUAGGCCAGCCUUCAUUUGUGCCCAAAUCUCCUGUCAGAAGCCCUGCCUUCUCCCCAGCCUCCCCGGCAACGCCAGAUGGAACCAAGGGCAAACAUGAGUCCCAGCACACAGAAUCUAUGGUACUUCAGUCCUCCCGGGGGAUCAAAGUGGAAGGCUGCAUCCGAAUGUACGAGCUGGUGCACAGAAUGAAAGGAACAGAGGGCCUGAGGCAGUGGCAGGAGGAGCAGGAGAGGAGGGUGCGAGCCCUCUCGGAGAUGGCAUCUGAACAACUGAAGCGCUUUGAUGAACGGAAGGAACUGAAGCAUCAUAAAGAAUUCCAGGACUUGCGGGAAGUGAUGGAGAAGAGCUCCAGAGAAGCCCUGGGGCAUCAAGAGAAGCUGAAAGCUGAGCAUCGUCACAGAGCGAAGAUUCUCAACCUGAAGCUGCGGGAGGCAGAGCAGCAGCGCCUGAAGCAGGCGGAGCAGGAGCGGCUCCGGAAGGAGGAAGGCCAGGUCCGCCUGCGGAGCCUCUACGCACUGCAGGAGGAGGUGCUGCACCUCAGCCAGCAGCUGGACUCCUCCGACCAGCACAGGGACCUGCUCAAGGGCGACCUGUCGGCCUUCCAGACCCGAGGCAAUCAGCUUUGUGGCCUCAUCUCGGGGAUCAUUCGGGCUACUUCGGAGAAUGGCUUUCCCACAGCAGAGGACCAAGCUGUGGCUGAGAGAGCUCUGCAGGAAAUGCGGGACCUCCUUACGAACUUGCAGCAGGAGAUCACCAGGGCCUGUGAAGAAAAGAGGAGGCAGGACAAAGAGGAGGCCCAGAUAAAGCAGCAGGAGUCACAGAGGCAGCAGGGGCCAGAGGUCCCCAAAGAGGCCCCAGCUCCCAGCCAGGGCCCAGGAGGGAAACAGAAUGAAGACCUGCAGGUGAAGGUGCAAGACAGCACAAUGCAGUGGUACCAGCAGCUGCAGGAUGCUUCCAGUCAGUGUGUGCUGGCCUUUGAGGGACUGACGAGCAGCAAAGACAGUCAGGCCAGAAAGAUAAAGAUGGACCUCCAGAAGGCUGCCACCAUCCCAGUGAGCCAAAUCUCCACCAUUGCAGGCUCAAAGCUGAAGGAGAUCUUUGACAAGAUCCACAGCCUACUCUCUGGAAAACCUGUUCAAUCUGGUGGGCACUCUGUGUCCGUGACACUUAACCCGCAGGGCCUGGACUUUGUCCAGUACAAACUGGCAGAGAAAUUUGUGAAACAAGGAGAGGAAGAAGUGGCCUCUCAUCAUGAAGCAGCCUUCCCCAUCGCGGUUGUGGCAUCUGGGAUCUGGGAGCUCCACCCCAGAGUGGGGGACCUCAUUCUUGCUCAUCUACACAAGAAGUGUCCUUACUCUGUUCCUUUCUAUCCAGCUUUCAAGGAGGGAAUGACUUUGGAAGACUAUCAGAGGAUGCUUGGCUACCAAGUGAAGGACUCCAAAGUGGAGCAACAGGACAACUUCCUCAAGCGCAUGUCUGGGAUGAUCCGUCUCUACGCUGCCAUUAUCCAGCUCCGGUGGCCAUAUGGAAACCGACAGGAGGUUCACCCUCAUGGCUUAAAUCAUGGCUGGCGCUGGUUGGCACAGAUCUUAAACAUGGAGCCCCUGUCAGAUGUGACAGCCACCCUCCUCUUUGACUUCUUGGAAGUGUGUGGGAAUGCCCUCAUGAAGCAGUACCAGGUCCAGUUCUGGAAGAUGAUACUUCUCAUCAAAGAGGACUAUUUCCCCAGGAUCGAAGCCAUCACAAGCUCAGGACAGAUGGGCUCCUUCAUACGCCUCAAGCAGUUCUUGGAGAAAUGUUUGCAGCGCAAGGAGAUUCCCGUCCCCAAGGGCUUUCUGACGUCCUCAUUCUGGCGUUCCUGAUGUCACUCUGUCGCCUCCCAUCACCAUUAAAUGUUGCAAGGGGCAAUAAUAAAGCAACUGAAGACGGCUGUAUUUGGAAGAAGUCAUGUCAGAUUUAGAAAUCUGUCAACAUGUAUUUUUCUGCAUUUGUACCUUGUGACCGGGAGAGGAGAUUUUCAUGGGUUACAAAAUCUAGGCGGUCCCUUAGAUUUGAUGACUCCUUAAGGGGUCCACAUGACAGAGUAAACAGAAUGGGCCUUUUUCGUUUUUGCAAAAGUUAUGAGAAGAGGUUUAGCACUUGAUCUCAUCCUUUAUUUCCUUUGUCUCUAGUAUCUUUCAGAAAGUAGGUGAUACCUUACCCAGUCCCUCUGAGCUGAAGUGAGCCCAGCACUCUCCCCCCCCACCCCGCACGCCGCCCCGUUCACAUGAAUUCCCGGGAAGCAGAGCCUCUCUAAGGUCCGCUGUAAAGGAUCGUUGAAUAGUUGAGGCCCGAUUCCUUACAUGCAAGUCUGGGUUAGGGUUAUAGUUGUUUCUCAGUUUACGCGGUAAUCACAAAUUCAGAGGAAAUGCCUGAUGGAGACAGAGACUAAGUCCCCAGUUGCACCAGGGAUAACUUCGUGUCUGGGAUGAGGACUGCUAGCACUGUUAUGUUAAACCGGGAAGCAUGUUUGUCCUUUGAAUGUGGAUUUGGUCCCUGAAUGACUAGGGACGCAUGAAGCCGAGCAGGUGCCUUUUUUUGUUUUUCAGUUUGAAUUAAAAUAGACUGAGCUGAGGCUUUCAACAUUAUACAUGAGCUGAGCAUCCGUAAGCAGUGGAUCAGAGCUUAAAUGAAGAUGACAGAGAGGAAUUGAAAACUGCUUUUUAAUUUCUUACCUGUUCUGAGUAAUGGAUUGAUGAUAGAUUUGCCUGACCAAAGUCACUAUAAAAAACCCGAACUUGGUUUCUCAGAUAAGAGUUGCGAUUUGUUUUAUACUGCAGAGGCGGAAGCCGUGGAUCUGUUCUCUAUGCUGAAUGUCAUGUGUGGGAGUGUGUUUGUGGGGGCUAUUCCCUGGGAAGUGACUGAUUCUAUAAAUUAUUGACUAUGGUGCCAAAAAAUAAGAAAUAAAGCUUGAUUUUUAAAACCCAUUGCUGAUAUCUAGUGGGUUCAGCAUGGUCAG